GAAUCGAAAGAAGAAGAAGAGAAGAGAGAGACCAGCUAAGAGUAGGGUUUAGGCGUCCCCAUUCGCACCCACCGUCGCCGCAUCCAACUCCAUCGGGAAAGUAAGAGCUCGCAGGUAGGCGGAUGGCAUCCGGAGGUCCGGCGCUCGAGUCGCUCGUCGACCAGGUGAUCUCCGUCAUCACCAACGAUGGCCGCAACAUAGUGGGCACGUUGAGAGGAUUCGAUCAGGCCACCAACAUUAUCCUCGACGAGUCCCAUGAGAGGGUCUACUCUACAAAGGAGGGAGUUCAACAGCUUGUUCUUGGUUUGUACAUUAUCAGGGGUGACAACAUAAGUGUCGUGGGUGAGGUGGACGAAGACCUGGAUGCAAGGUUGGAUCUGUCAAAGCUAAGAGCUCACCCGCUCAAGCCUGUCAUCCACUGACCGUUGUGAGAUGAAAUGUACUUCUUUUCGUGCACUGGACCAGUUAGUUUCCUGAUUGUUGAAUUUCAGGGUGUAGCAUCAUGCGUGAGGUGACUGAACAUGACCAUGUAUCGUGGUUAUCUUGCAAAUUGCGAAUCAGUGAUGUGUGUUGAGUUGCACGAAUCA